AUGGUCAGUCUUUACAAUGAUGUAGCAACUGCAUGCAAGGAAGUGCUGAAUUAUAUUCUUAUUUACUCUAGUCAACAGUAUCAAGAUAAACCGUGUACAAAUGAAAUGAAUGCUUCGUUUGACUCUUUGUCCAUUGAUUGUAUUCGCCAGUGGAAGGCUUUUAUUGACGAAAGUUUGGAUAACCGAAUAAGAGUCUUUGUCGUGCCUGUGGAAAAAUAUCUUGCUCCGGGAUUAGUUACAAUGGCUCAAUGUGUCACACUGACUCAGGAACAAGUAUCAUUUACUCGAUCGUACACGAGAGUAGACCCCAGCAAUAUAAUGGAAAUUGAUGAUGUUACCGCCCUGUUCAAGACAAAACACCAGGGAAAGAAAUCCGUACAAGACACUGAAGAUGACAUCUUUCAUUCCAUGACCAAAACCUUACACAAUAACAAUGCCGAAAACGAAAUAGAGCUUCAUCAAGUCAAUGAUUGUCCAGCCGACAACCAUUGCUCACUUUUUACCACAAGACAUACGCAAAAUCAGCUUUUAAGUUUGAUAGGAGGUCAGAAGUCUAUUUGGUUUUAUGAUGGUGAUUCAGGACGAGAAUAUGAAAAAGAAAGACAAGUCGAAAAUGGUUACCAAUUUAGGGCACUAUCGUAUGUAUCAACCUCAAUCGCACUAUUCGCAAAAAUGGACAAGGUUCAAGAGGUAGAAGACCAGAAUGCUGCUAUGAAUAUUGUCAUGAUAGGUUACGAACGACUUGUAUUCCACCAGACUUUGAAACAAUUUGAAAAAUCCACUUCUUAUCCCGGAGGUUUGAAGAUGUGA